CCAGAACAGUUUUAAUCUUCUUCAUUUCUUGCUACGUAAACUUUUCAACGAUUGCCAACAUGUUCAAUGAGCAUACUUUAGCUUAAUCAUACUUGCUCUCUAUCGUUUGUACACGAGUCACCUGAAUAAACGAUAGUACAUUUUCCUGUGUACGUGGAACGCGAUUUUUGGUCUCGUCACUAGCUGUCAGUGGAAUGUCAGACAACCUGCAAGUUGGAAAUAAAUAAUAACAAACGGAAAUUAUGGAUAAUAUGAGUUUGAAAGAGAUUCAAAGCAAGCUUUUAUUAUGGGAGGCUGCAGAAAAUCCUCUUGCACCUCUAACGUCGGAGCAGAGAGAAGCUAUCUUAGAUUUAGAGUCACUUUUACUCGGUGUAUCUAGUGACUUGGACGAUGGAACAACAGAAAAUAAUGUUGAUGAGGAGUUUGAUAAGAGUAACAUGCCCACCGUAGACACAACAUAUGACUUUCUGGAGUGGUACGAGAGUCUGUGUGACAACAAUCUGAAGACUGAUGAUGCGCCGUACGAGGCCUACCAUAAGCAGCUGGAUGAUAGAAGAAAUGAGUGUGUUGCAUUGACCAAUCAGAUUGGUGCUACAAUGUCUGAUUUGGACAAAUUGUCCGAACAAUACAACUUUGUGUCGAAUAAAACGAAUGCUCUGCACACAAUGAGUGAGCAACUGUUGGCUGAUCAAAAUAAACUGUCUAGCAUAGGUGACGACAUCAAACAGAAGCUGCACUACUUCACGCAGGUGGAACAUCUGUCCCAGCGACUGAACAGCCCCACCAUGUCUGUGAACAGCGAGACUUUCUUCAAUGUGCUCGCCAAGAUCGACGAGUGCUUGGAGUAUAUGAGAGCUAAUAGUAACUACAAGGAAUCCCACACCUACUUAGUGAAGUACCGCCACCUUCAAAGCCGUGCGAUUUCUCUCAUUCGUUCCUACGUGACCCACGUCCUGAACCACGCCACGGAACAGAUGCUAGCUCCUAAAGACGAGGACCAGAAUGACCAGGAGAACAUGGACACCGCCUAUGCUGUGUAUUUCGGGAAGUUCCAAGCCGCUGCCCCCAAGCUGAAGAUGGUUAUUGCUAUGCAUCUUUACUGUCAGACAUACAACGCGAGUACGCAGGUCGUCGCUGGCGCGUGGCGGGCGCGGCGACAGACGGCGCGGUGGCGGGGGGCCGGCGCGGGCCGGGCGGGCGCGGGCCCGGCCGGCGCGGCCCCCCCAGACCAUUGCUCGCAGCUCCGCGCUGCCUGUUCUCUACUGGCACACGCCUGUAGAGACGAGUGUGCACUCUACUAUCAUUUCUUCACAAAUCCAUCGACUGCUUUAGAUGAAUACCUACAGUCACUGUGUACGGGGCUCUACGAGUCACUGCGGUCUCAAAUAAUCCACAUCAAUCACUUGGAGACUCUCGCCGAGCUCUGCGUCAUACUCCGAGUGGAAGUCAUCGAGGAACAAGUUAAUAACGAUCCCCGGCUGGCGGCGCUGGGCCAGUGCGCGCGCGCGCUGCUGCAGGACGCGCAGGAGCGGCUGGUGUACCGCGCGCACGUGCACCUGCGGGCCGACGUCCUGCUGUACCGGCCCGCGCACGGGGACCUCGCAUACCCCAGCAAACUGAUCAUGAUGGAGCAAAUCGCAAUAUCAAUCCAAGAGCAGUCUCUCAAACGGAGCGAUUCGCGGAACUCUAUGAUAUCCGACAUCUCGGCCACGUCGCAAGAAGUAGCGAAUAUAAACGUUGAAGCCCAGAAACGACCACAAGCCUCCCCAGCAGACCUUCACGGCAUGUGGUACCCAGGAGUAAGAAGGACGUUAGCAGCACUUUCAAGACUAUACCGAUGUCUAGAGAAAAAAGUCUUCCAAGGAUUAGCUCAAGAAGCCAUUUCUCUAUGCGUCCAAAGCGUAGAUAACGCAGCCAAGCAAAUAUCGACCAACGCAACUAAUAUAGACGGUGAAUUAUUCCAAAUCAAGCAUUUAUUGAUACUUAGGGAACAGAUAGCGCCAUUCCAAGUAGAUUUUAUAGUGAAGGAAACGACUUUGGACUUUAGUAAUGUAAAGAAUGCUGCGUAUGGGUUGAUACAGAAGCCGAGGCAGAUAUUUUCUUUAAACACUAACAAUGCCUUGUUAGAGUUCCUAUUGGAAGGCACUCCGAUGGUGAGGGAACAUCUCUUGGACUCAAGGAAGGAGGUCGACAGGCAGUUAAAAAGCUGCUGUGAGCUGUUCAUCAAGGAUGCCACGGAGAUACUAGCUGGACCCAUGAUAGCUUUUAUUGAGAAGGCUACAGCAUUUGCACCAAUAGAACAGCUAAAGUCCCAGCCGUGGGCUACACCAGAAGAGAUAGCUGUGGCCGUGAAAGAAGCACAGAAGAAGAUAAAGGCCCACCUCGCUCCAUUACAGCGGUCCAUGCAACUCUACCUUGCUAACAAGGAAACCGAGUUCAUUCUAUUCAGACCUAUCAGGAACAACGUAGUCGGCUACUUCGUGCAGAUAGAACAGUUGCUAACAAACGCCGGAUAUAAUUACGAAGACACGUUGAUCGUGGCCUGUCCGACACCGGAGCAAGUUUCCGUCUUCAUAUCCUCAGCGAGCCUGAUCAGCCAUAGUGAACCAGUACAUCCGUUUGGUACUAAGGUCAAACAUAGCGUGGUUAGGAAGCCUAGCGUCACUAGCGUGCAAGAAAAGGAAGAGGUUACAGUUGGUGUCGAAGCUACACCAGAUACUGUUACUCUGUAAGCAAUUUAACAUUAGGUACAUAUUUGUUCCCUUAUCUAGUUAUACAAAAAUGUUAUAUGGCAAAUGUUUAUUUGUUUGUAUAAAGUAUGAGCGCGCUAAUCUCUGAACUCCUAGUUCGAAUUGAAUAAUUACACUGGUCGACAAGUAUUUUGUCACAGCUAAAAUAUAUAUUUUUUUUUUUAAUAGAAGUAAACAACCUGGUGACCUUAUUCUUCAUAGAAAGCCAACA